AUGCCUGGGUUCUCCGACUCCUUCUGGACCCCCGACUAUGCUACUGGUCUGGGGGUACUGUACGGCAAGCUGCAGCAGGGAGUCGUGGAGAAUAAACAAAUUCUCACGAUUGCGACCAUGCGGGCAGAGGCGGAAGAGCAAUAUGGCCUCCGCAUGGGUGAAAUCGCCCCGAGCGUUGAUCGCUUGUCAACUGUGGGGUUUGGGAAGGAUGACGGUGCCAGUGUUCGCAAGGCUUACGAGGGCGUCCGAACGGAAAUGGUCGAGGCUGCGCGCAAUCACCAGAAAAUCGCCAGCAAUAUUCGGGAGCUCGUCGUAGCUCCUUUCCGCCGCUGGAGCGACCAGCACGAAUACCGUGUUCAGACCUCCCAUGACAAUCUCCAGGCCAGGAUCAAGGAGCAUACCAAGCAGGUGGAUGUGGUCAAGAAGCUGCGCAGCCACUACUUCAACAAGUGUCGGGUAGUCGAGGACUUGGAAGAGGAGAACAAACUCGCCUUCCAGGACCCUGACACAAGUCCUAAACCGUUGACCACGCCCAAAAUUGUGUUGCCUACCCCCGAGGACGAGCCGGAGGAAGAUCCCUAUGAGAUUGGAGACCGAAUCUAUUCUCCGGAGGAGAUCAAGCGGCUUCUCAUCCACAUGCUGGACAACAUCAGACUGGGUGAAGCCAAAGUACCCAUUAUUGGCACGUAUCAGAAUACUUCGACUGGCGCGGAGAUUGUUGAGUACAUCCAAAAGAACAUGGGAGCUACGAAUCUCGCCCAGGCAGAGCUAAUUGGCCAGGAUUUGGUGGACAACGGGCUUCUACGCUUGGUCGGAAACAUGGGUAGCACAUUUGCGAACAGCUCAAAGAUGAACUACCAGUGGCGCCCAAAGGUUUUCCAGAUUACUGGCAUUCCGGAGAAGAAGAAGCCGCUGAUGCGCGUGACUUCCGUGGCCUCCAGCGAGGACGGGACUGGCAAUGAGUCGCCAAUCUCUUCCGUUCAGGAGAUGCUGGCUGGCUGGAAUCCUCUCAACAACCAACACCCCAACGAGACCCCCGCAGACAAACUGCGGAGGGAAGCUUUCGAGGCUGACGAAAAAUACAAGGCCGCAGUCCGGAGGUUGGAUCAAAUUCGGUGCCGCAUGGAGGAGGAAAUCAUUGACAAUCUGCGGUUCAUGGAACAGUGCGAGCUUGACCGUCUCAAGGCCAUCAAGGCUGUGGUGCUCGAUUUCUCUGGUGCUAUUAGCAAUGUCAUUCCCAACCUGCAAAGCACCGUCGACCAUAUGAUGCUCUAUCAAGAGACAAUCCAGCCAUUGGGAGACUUGCGGUACUUGCUCGAGAAUUACCGCACCGGAGGAUUCGUCCCGCGCGUGCAGGCAUAUGAGAACUACUACGGCUCAGUUGAGGAGCAGAACUUUGGCGUAGAUCUCGAAGCCCGCGCUCGCGUUGAUCGCAAGCGUGUUCCGAUUCUGGUCACUACGAUCUUGACCUAUUUGGACAACGCGUACCCUGAACUGGAGGGAGAUGAGGCUCGCCGCGCUAUCUGGCUUCACAACCCUCCUCUUGCCCAGACCCACCAGUUGCGCCACGCUUUGAAUAAUAGCAAGGUUGAUUACCGCGAUGUUUUGCCCAAAUUUGAGAUACCCAUUGUUGCCAGCGUUCUAAAAUUGUACCUUCUUGAACUGCCAGAUUCCCUUGUUUCUUCACAAGUCUAUGAGAUUGUCAAAACGAUCUACUCGACCACCGCUCACGAGACCACGGAAGAGGGACGGAUCAAGGUACUCCAGAGUACUCUUGGACAGCUCCGUCUCGUCAAUAUUGCCACGCUUGAUGCCAUCAUGACCCAUUUCACGCGUUUGAUUGAUUUGACCUCAGCCGAGGAACAGUACAUCGCCAGUCUGGCUCAGACCUUGUCUCCAUGUGUGCUUCGACCUCGCGUUGAGAGCAGUCUUACCAUGGAUGAACGCCAUAGCUAUCGGUUGAUCCGUGAUCUCUUUGCUCACAAGGACGCGAUCUUUGGCGAAUUGAAGCGCCAGUCAAGUGCUCUUGGCCUAUCGACUUCCAGCCGCCCUCGCGCUAUUAGCACUGAUGAGAGCAACCGUCGAGCCGCCAUGGAAGCUCGUCAACGAGCUAUUGUCAACCGGAGCCGCGCAACGAGCCCUGCUCCCGGUCCACGACACCGCCGAGAUCGCUCAAGUGGCGCCUCCGCGGCUACUCGCUUCCCCAUCAACGUGACAAGCCCUACAGAUCGAUCUCGGACUCCUGCGCGAACGAGCGCUAGUCUGGAUGUUCCGCCCAAGAGUGAAUCGCCCACUGUGACCGAGCACGCUUCACCGCCAUCGACAGAGACAGGUACCCACUCUGCCACUAAUGGCGCAGCAGUCGAGUCGCCGAUCUCUGUAGCCUCCACUGCUUCGUCGGGAACGUCCAGCCCACCACCUCCCCCGGAGACUGUCUCGGACGAUUCGCCCACUCCCACUCCCACUCCUGCUCUCACUUCUGCGGAGUUCGAUAAACGAAGCUCAAUUCCCCGAUCCAUGGCCGGUCGGUACACUCGGAAGCCCGGCCUUGGUAGUCUCUCCAGCUUUCCUGUCGGGGCAGGCGCCGGCUCCGAGCCAGAUAGCAAACGAAGCAGCCUGGCCGAGACUGAGCCUAAAGGUGUAACUUUGGAGGAUAGGCCAAUGGAUGAUUAG